AUGGCCUCUUCAUUGUCUGAUGAACCCUCUUCACAGAGUGCUGUACUUAAGCUUCAGCGGGAUUUUCUUUCAUUGCUGCUUUCUCCGAUAGAAACGCCGAAAACAACCAAAACACGAAAUAAGGCGAAAAAACCAAAGAGUCCAAAGACAACCAUCGAAAGUCUUCACACUUUUAUUGAUACUCACCACCUCGACUUAAACUUCGAGGUAGAUGGCUUGUCACCAUUGACACUGGCCAUAAAGAAACUUAUGGUGCUUCAUGUAUUAUUGCGUCGUAAAGAUCUGGAUGUCAAUUUCAAGGACACACAAGGGCGCACAGCACUAGCUUGUGCUGUUGAUGAACACCGCGAGGUGGCGGUUGAAGCUCUUCUCAAAGCUCCAGAUAUCGAAGUUGAUUGCCAUGAUAUGCACGGUCAAACUCCAUUUGCCAUGGCCGCCCGGCUUGGGGAAAUAGGCAUCCUGAAAAAGCUCCUCGAUUCAGGGGCCAAUAUCGGAUCAGAAGACAUACAACAAAUGACACCGCUUGCGUGGGCCGUUAUGGAGAGACAGCAAAAUGUGGUUAAAUUUCUGCUCGACUUGCCAGGAAUCGGGGUGGAUCAACCUAACAGUGAUGGCCGAACUCCGUUUUCUCUAGCAGCCGAGCAGGGAUUGGUACCAAUAAUGCAAUUACUCCUGGAGAAGCAGGCAGACCCACACCAAGUUGACGAUCACGGCCAUACCGCCUUCUGGUGGUUUUUCAAAAGACGAGACGGGCCUAAGCCUCGACUACUCAAUUCCGCCACCGGGAAUCCUUUUGACCUUCAGAUUUUGGUUAGCAAGCUGCCAAUGCCCAGCAAAAAGGACCCAUCAGGGCGCAACUGGCUCUCAUGGGCGGCAUCAUAUGGGGAUACAGAAGUUGUGACCGCUUUGUUACAAAAUACAACGGUCGAUGUCAAUAUAAGAGAUGAUACACCGGAGUUGUUCUCUCGGACCCCACUGAUCUGGGCCUUGGAGAAAGGAGAACGACCUGUGAUAGAUUUGCUGAAAAAAAGAGACAACAUGUCACUGCAUCUGCUAGUUAAAGAGGCAAGAUCCGUUUGGCAGUACAGAGCGUUGGAGCCGAUAAACGCACUAAUUCAGGCAAAUUAUAACGUGAACCUGCGUGAUUUCCAAGGGCGAACGCCUCUCCACCUUGCUUGUCUGGCCGCUGAUGGGGAUGUUGUUUUGGACAUGAUCAAGGCGGGGGCUGAAGUAAACUGCCAAGACCAUGCUGGAAAGAUCCCUUUACAAUAUGCCCUGGAAAUGGGAUGCAAGAAGGUCGUACAGUUAUUACUCAAUGCUCCGUCAGCUGACCUCAAACCCGUCCUUUCAGACGAGUGGUUGAAUCUAGAACCAGAAAGGGCUUCUUGGAUCCAGAUCACGAAAAGAGCCAAUAGCUCGGGCUUUGACUUCGAAUUGAUCAAUGAUACAUCUUGUGAUUGGUUUCCUGAGCCAAAGGAAUCCAGACUGUGCAUAUGCAAGAAAGGUUCAAUUUGGACACAAUUACCAAAGGUCUUUGGUGUUCAUAGAUCUCCAGAAGACCAGAAUGAGUACUUCAGGUACUUUCACGAGGAACGUGGACUGUUUGUCGUUACCUACAUGUCUUUGAACUUUCCCGAAGAGCAUCAUGGUGAAACUUUAUACUCGUGGGGCAUUGCUUGGGUAAGCAAGCAAACUACAGAAGGCUUUGCACGUGGAUUUAUUAGCAUGCUUCCAAAUGGCUGGGUGCCGCAUGAUUCCUUUGAGCUUUUCGAACAGUUUCUGGACCAUCUUCACCACGAAUGGAAUCAAUAUUGCUUAAGGUUGACAGACAGAGUGGAAGAAUUGCGGCGUGAUCAGGUAAAAGCUAAGGGGGUGAGCCAUAGUCUUAUAGACUCCUUAGUUCAUGCUUCGCAAAGUCGUGCGAAUCUUUCGAAGUGCCUACAAUCACACAUCGAUGGUAUCAAUGAUAUCAUCAGGACUAACACCUCAUUUGACCUGGGGCAGAAAUCACAGUUGGCAACAGAUAUGAGGCUUAUUGGAAAAAAGUUGACGUCAAAACUGAGACAGUCAGAACAGAGCUUACGCGAAUUAUUACAGAUCGAGCUUGCCUGGGUUUCGAGGAACGAAUCUGCCAGUGUUAAGCGUCUUAGCUGGCUCACUUUCGUUUUCCUGCCGCCGAUGUUUGUCUCGAGUCUCUUUGGGAUGAACGUGAAUCUUCUAGAGAAUAAUCCAGACUGGCGAUGGUACAUAUUAUUUGGGGUGUUGUCAUUUGUUUUCACCGGGGCAUUGUGGCUGGUCUCCAAGGCUCUUCCUGUAAGAAUCUCGGCCCUUAAAUAUCCAACACGUUGA